GUUUAUCUCUAUACGACCGGUGCUUCUGUGCAGGUUCCGCUGCAUGUGCUGACAUCAAGGUGCUUGGAGGACUCAUACAUUGUACUGUUUUUAUAAUUAACAUUAUUGUGGACUGUUGUUAUUCGUGAAAACUUUCUGUUUUCUUCGAAGCAUCUCGUUUUGCCGGGAAAAGCAGUGAGUUGUGUCGCGCAUAAGUGAUUCCAUCGGAAAUCUAAACUUUUAAUUCUCACGAUUACUACAUACUAUUGCUGUUUAAGCAAAGUACUAUUUUAGAAGUUAGAAAUAAGAAAAUGGUCAUGGAGGCAUCCCCUUCUCCACAAAAUGUCGGUCGUGAAUUUGUCCGACAAUAUUAUACUUUACUCAAUCAAGCUCCUGCGCAUCUUCAUAGAUUCUAUAAUCAACAUUCUUCUUUUGUACAUGGAGGAUUAGAUUCAAAUAGAGAAUCUACUCCUGCUAUUGGUCAAAAACAAAUACAUCAAAAAAUUCAACAAUUAAACUUUCGAGAUUGUCAUGCUAAAAUAAGUCAAGUUGAUUCACAAUUAACUCUUGAAAAUGGUGUUGUUGUACAAGUAUCUGGAGAAUUAUCCAAUGCUGGACAACCAAUGCGCCGUUUUACACAAACAUUUGUUUUGGCUAUACAAGCACCAAAAACAUACUAUGUACAUAAUGAUAUAUUUCGUUAUCAAGAUUUGAUCUUUCCUGAUGAAGAGGAAACAGAUGUAGGUGUUGUAGAAGGAGGUGUAGGUGAAUCUGGAGAGAGGGAAGGGGAAGAAGGAGGUCGUUCUGAACCAGAAGAAGAUGAACAUCAAAAUCGAGGGCAGCAACUUUCAGUACCAGCUGCAUCUACUGAACCUCAAGCUCAGCCACCGCUUAUCCCUGCACAACAACCUGUACUACAACAGCAGCAACAAAUAUAUUAUGCUCCACCACCGCAACAAACUCAUGUACAUCCCGUAAUGCAACAAGUACUAAAUGGAUCGGUUCAUGAAGAAACACCAUUGAUCAAUCAACAACCACCACCUGCACAGCAGCAGCAACAGCAGCAACAACAACAACCGCCUCCACCACCUGCUCAACAACAUCAGUAUAUAACUGAAACUACAUCACAAACACAAUUUGUACAAGAAACAGAAUUGGAUUCCACUACUGAGCAACAACAACAAACGGAAAACGAGCCACAAGUACAAUCAAAUGAGACUCGAGAACAACCUGAAACUGAAACAUUUACUACAUCUGUACAAGAAUCUGAACCAGAACAUCAAGUGGCAAAUACAAAUGUAACUAGUAGUGGGCCGAAAACAUAUGCUAAUCUUGUUAAAUCAUUCCCCAGUACUACCGGAGCUACCAGCCCUCAAGCUCCCAAAUUAUCUAUGUCACCGCCUCCAUUGACAAACUUACGUUUAGACGAUAGAUCACCAUUACAUCCAACUAAUAGUGGACCUACACUUUCUACAUCAACUAGCGUUUCCACGCCUCAACAACAAACUCAUAGAGUUGGUAAUCAACAACCACAGCAACAGCAACAUCAACAACAACGAGCUCCAAGAGGAGGGGCAGUGCAACGAGAUGGCGAUCGUCGGGGAACGAGACAAAGUCAAUAUAGUGAUGCUCAUCAACUCUUUCUUGGAAAUUUACCACACAAUGCAUCAGAAGAUGAUUUACGUCAAGUGUUUGAAUCUUAUGGUAGAGUGGUAGAGUUGCGUAUACACAGUAAAUCAAAUGAUAGGUGCAAAGGUCCACAAGGAAAUAAUACAGGAAAAGUGCCUAACUAUGGAUUUAUCACUUUCGAAGAUCAGCAAGUUGUUAGCAAAGUGUUGCAGAAUUUGCCAAUUUAUUAUCCCGCUGAGAAUGGACAAAAAUUAAAUGUUGAAGAAAAAAAAGUUAAGCCUAGAACAAUGGAGGGUAGCGGUGGUCGAUUGAAUUCGAAUGAUGGUAGUAUGAGAGCAAUGGGCGGACAACAACAACAGCAACAACAACGUGGUCCGGGUGGACCUGGAGGAAUGAUGAGAGGUGGUCAACAUGGUACAAGAGGUGGACGUGGAGGAUUUUCACGAGGGGGUGAUGGUGGAAGGGGAGGUGGUGGAAUGCGGCAAUCUGGUAAUCCAAGCAAUUUAAGUUACCAAAACCGCCGCUAAUACUUGAAGCAAUGUUAAAGGCACACCCCAGUUUCUUUUUUCUUCGGUCAUCGAUAUAUAAUUAUCAUUAUCAUUUUUAAACUCAAAAUCCAGGACUAUUUCGUAUGCAACAUAACGUGAUUAAAGGCGCUAUCCUUUUACGCUUAAACAUCGCUUGCAUCGUUCGUCAAGCAACAACUAUAAAUGACGCAGCUCAAAUUGUAUGGAAUACGAACUCGAAUAGGAUUAUCGCAUUUAUGCUAAGUUCGUUUGUGGAUAAGGAAUAAUGAUUUAAUAAAAUAAUUCAUUGAACAUUCAACUUAAUCGGUUGGAUAUUUGAUGAAAUAACUACGAGUUCGUCCUUCAUACAUCGACGUCAGACAAUUUACAAGACUUUACGAUGAAAACAAAACUGCAUCCAUUUGCAUAUGUACGUAUAACAGAGCGACGUGUGAUAUCCUGUUUUGAGAUAUGGGUGUGUUUUUUUGUCUCCUAAUACGUAGCCCACGUUUCUUGAAAAGCCAAUAUUCAAAAAAAAAAAAAACAAAAUUGUUGCCAAUUUUUGUGAUAGAAUGCAAGGAAGGAAACGUUAUCGAGCUAAGAAAACGUUUAUCGAAACAUAUAUAUAUAUAUAUGUGGCAUAUAAAAACAAGAUAUAAUGAUAGAAAUAUAUAUCAUAUACACGUACACGUAUAAUAUAUAUAUAUAUAAUAUAUAUAUAUCGAAUUAGGAUUUGGUAAUAUUUUUUGUUUUCUAUUGGAUAAAUAUCAUGAAAGUCAUACGUCGCUCUUUUAGUUUUCUUCGUUUGCCAAUCGUAUUCAGGAGACAUAAGCGGUGCGAAUUCCGCUCUCGUAUAAGUAAGUCACGAGCCAAAUUAAACGAAAUUAAAACGAGAGGAUACGAAUCAUUUUAACUAUGAAAUAUCGAAUAUACAUUUCAUAUGCUCUCGAGUUAAUUCAUUGACUGCCGAUAAAACGUUCCACCUACAUGUAGAAAGUCGGCAAUAAUGUUUAUAGGUGGUAGUUGGUCGGUGUUGGUUAACGAGUAGAGAACUGCGGCUGUUCUGUGGUCGCAUACAAAAAAA